AUGGCGCCCGCAGCUCCCGUCCCAGUUGAGACGCAGCACGAGGAUGCUAUCCAUGACGCGCAGCUCGACUACUAUUCCAAGCGUCUCGCUACUAGCUCCUCGGACAAGACUAUCCGGAUAUUCAAGGUGGAGAAUGGGCAGGCCAAGGGCGACCCCGUCAUCCUGAAGGGACACACUGCACCGGUCUGGGCGGUCGCAUGGGCACACCCAUCAUUCGGCUCCAUUCUCGCUUCGUGCUCCUACGAUGGCCGUGUGUUUAUCUGGAAAGAGGUCGGGCCUGGGCAAGGGAAGGGGACAGGCGGAGAAGUCCAGGAUGGAUGGGAGCGGAUCAAGGAGCACAACCUGCAUACUGCCAGUGUCAACUCGCUCGCUUGGGCACCAUACGAGCUCGGCCCGAUCCUCGCUUGCGCCUCCUCGGACGGCAAGAUCUCCGUCAUCAACUUUCAAAAUGACGGCUCGACCGACGCGUCCGUCUUCCCCGCACAUGGUACCGGCGCCAAUGCCAUCUCAUGGGCACCGUCCGUCCUUCCCGCUUCCAAGCAAAGCCAGGGUCAGACCGCGCCCGUCAGCCAGAAACGGUUCGUAUCGGGUGGAUCGGACAAUAUGGUCCGGAUCUGGCUAUAUGAUGAAGAGGCCAAAAAGUGGGGAGAGGAGGAGGUGAUCAAGGGUCAUGAAGACUGGGUGAGGGAUACGGCCUGGGCACCGAAUAUCGGUCUGCCAGGGAUGUACAUUGCUUCUGCCAGUCAGGACCGAACAGUAUUGAUCCACUCCCGCCCUUCGCCCGGCUCACCAUGGACUUCCACCCCCCUCCUCCCCGGCGCGCCCGAAUCAAAAGACCCCCACUUCCCCGACGCGGUCUGGCGCGUCUCGUGGAGUCUUGCCGGCAACAUCUUGGCGGUCUCGUGUGGAGAUGGGAAGGUCAGUCUGUGGAAAGAAGGGGUCGGGAAGGGGUGGGAGUGCGUUAGUGAUUUCUCAAGCUAG